UUAUUUUCUGUACUUUCUGUCAUUACCAAAAUUCAUAGAGAAGCCAAGCUUAAAAUCUCAAUAAUUUUCAAAAUAGAAUUUAUUACUGAAUUUAUAACUCGAAAUUUGUGUGCUCUAUAGAACAGACUACUUGUAUCUUUACAUAUUAUUAUCCAGUCACCGUUAUAUUCACGGAGGUAGGAGCUGCACAAACAUGGAUCCUCCAGCGAUGGACCAAUUUCCCAAAGCGUUUGAGAGUUCGUCAGAAGUAUUGCCUAUAACUAAGCAGGGAAUGUCCUCUUUUGAUGAUUUCAAGAGGGAUGAGGAGUUAAAUGAACACCUACAAUGGUUGAAAAAGUGUGGCCUCACAGACGAAGAGGUGAAACUUUUUCGUGAGUACGAAGCGGGCCUUGCUGGUAAACGACUGAUGGAAUCGGCGGUUCUGAAGUCUAGAUUGGAAAAUAUUUACUCAAAGAUUAGCAACAGUCUAGACGAUGAGGACAGUAAAAAUGGAGACAAUGAACAACCCAGCACCUCCAGCAAUGCUGGUAAUAAAGUUGAAGACAAAUUUCAAUCAGUCUUGUACAAAACUUAUCCUGAAGGGCAUCCGAUGAACAGUUUGCAAGAAUUGGAAAAUGACUUGUAUGGCCACCUCAAAUCAGAUGACAUCCUUCCCGUAAACAAAAGAAGAAAGAUAUUGAGGCACUUGGAGAGAAGAAAAGAAAGGAUGCUGGCGCAAGGGAGACUAAUUGCCUUCCCUAAUGAGCCUAGACAUGAGAGCCCAAGGCCCGGGAGCUUGUGGGAUGUCAAAGAAUUGCCACAGAAACAAGCAGAAAAAUGCACAAAUAAAGAUGCUGUAAUCGGGCCCAAAAAGCCAACUAUGUACACAGUCAAAGAUAACAAAAUCCUCCGUCUUGAACCAGUAUCUAAGGAACAAAACCACAAUGCAGAGGCAGAGUACCAAGCGGUGGACAUUGUGAUGCCGGUUAAUGCUGCAGAGGAAAGACUGUUGGAGGGAACCAAAAUGCAUGUGGAUGAUAUAAGAAAAAUUGACAGAUUCAAAGACUAUGAACCUGGGAUACCUUCAAAGGUACUCUACUUGAAGAACAUAGCCCCGUCGGUAUCGGUCGGGCAAGUGUCCCUGCUGUUCAACCAGUUCAUACAAGACAACGGUGGGCCCAUCGACGUGCGGCUGCUAUCCGGCCGCAUGCGGGGGCAGGCCUUUGUGUCCUUUCAAAACGAGGAGACCUGCAUCCAAGCCAUGGACGAGGUGAACGGCACGAUCCUGAGCGGGCGGCCUGUGAUCGCGCAGUUCGGCAGGAACAGCAACCGCAUCCACGACAAUGAUGAUAGAUAAGUCGUGUAUUUUAGCUUAGCUAAAGUCUGUUUUUUAAUCUCAGAUAAUAAAUUGACAGAUUCUCAAUGGUUCAUCAACAUUCGAUUGUCCCACCAAUAAAACGAUACGCUACAUAAUCGCGGGACAAUCGACUGUUGGUGAACCGUUCAGAAUCUGUCAAAUUAGUAUCUAAGAUUAAAAAACAGACUUUAUUUACGGUUAGGGCUAUAUUUCACCGGGACACCAUGCGGCGCAACCAGUCGCCGCUACCAACAAACUGUAUAGAGUAUGUGCGCAACCAAAUGCACAUCAGGUGAGUAACUCUCCGUAGAGCUCUAUACAUUUUGUUGGUAGCGGCGCCUGGUUAAGCCGCCAUGGUGUCCCGGUGAAAUAUAGCCCUUAGGGUAAGACUUUCCCUGAGUUGCAGAAAGGACUUUAAGCUAAUGUCGACCUUGAAAUGUGUUACUGCCAUGCUUUGUCAGUAUAUGGACAGAAAGAUUUAAUGCCGACAUUACCUUAAAGUCCCUUUCUGCAUCUAGGCAAUAUAUUUUUAAUUGAUUGAGGUGUUACAAACGUGCAAACUGAGUCAUAACUUUAUCAAUUUCAAUACUAUUUGUGUUUUAUAAUCACACAAAUACAGUGUUGGAACAAUACAAUAGGGGGCCUUAUCGAUAAAAUCGCUGCCUUCAAGACAACCUUUGGUUGGAGGAAUGACUAAAAGCAGAUCAGAACUCUUGUUCACACUUAUAUUAUUGUGUUUAAAAAGAUUUUAUGACUGAGUUAGCACAUUUCUAGCUCUUGUACAUAGUAUUUUUGAGGAAAGGUGUGGUUUGCGACUGUGGAUUUGCUUAAAGGGUAAUUUGUAUUGUGUGUGACGAAUGGUAUGAUCAAAAUAACAUUAUUAAUAUAUCAUAAUCAUGAUACUAGUUAAUUGGUGUUGUUGAGAGUGUGAUAAAGAUACAGAAUAGAAUAAGUUGAUAUGAAAAAUAUGAACAUUGUGUAGUCAGCUACCACUUUUCCUUUGAAUGGGUAGUAAUUUUACGAUAUCUUGGUGUUUAGUGUGUGUAUUUUAAAUACAAAUAGCCUCAUUAAGGAAAUGAGGCUAGUUUAUACAUGUUUACUUUUUGGGCAACUUGCACUUAGAAGCAACUCAUGUAUAUUCGGUUUCACAACAUUAGAAUGACUGUCUGAACUUAAGCAGGGCUUAAGUAUAAUAUCCAGUGCUGUGAUUGGCAUCAUAUGAGAAACUGGGCUUAUCUGUUGUAUUUUAAAAAAGAGUUGACAUUUUGCAAGUCUCCCUUAGAAUUUUCUCUGAAUGUGAUGUUUUAAAUAUUUCUGUGCAAAAAACCAUAUCAGUGCAAUGUUUGAAGUAAUAAAUAAAAAACAUGACAAAUUGUGUUUCCUUAGAUUAUAUUAUCAUACUAAAAGGUAUGCUUAUUAUAAUUAAUGUUUUAACAUAUUUAAUAUGGAAUUAGCAUGUAAUCUAAGUCAUUUAUGUACCUAAUUAUAAUUCACUUAUUACAAUCAGUAUUUAAAUGUAGUAUCUACACUUACAAAUAAAUGUAUUAUCCAGA